AUGUCGUGGAUCGCCGUGCUUGCAUGGUUGCGCGAAAUCAAGCCCCAAGUAGGUCGCGGGAAGGGUGCAUCCCCCGUGGAUUGUGAGCGGGUGCUGUCUAUGUCUUCCCCCUCUAUCGGUGGUGAAUGGAAGGCAGCCGGAGAAUCCUUCCUAAUUGAGCACCAUCAGGCGGCCGGCAGGUUCCGGGUCACGUGCGCCCACGGCGUGAAACAAUCGACCAAGUCCGAUUCUACGACUGGAGGUUACAGUCAAUCAAGAGAACAAAAGCAAGAUGAGGUUUUUGCUCGAUCUCAGCUGCCUACCGAUCAAAUGCUUUCUGUCUCUCUCGCCUGGCGGAACAGCCCGAUGAACCUCCAAUUAGGUUGCACGAAGUGCCACGCAAACAUAAACGUCCUCACCAUCGGUCAAUGCCCUGAAGAGCAGUUCAGGUCCCUCUUACUCCAUGGCCUCAUAUUGGAGGUCUUCCUCUGUCACGGGUUCGAUGUGGACGAACAUACAUGCAUCAUGGUCCUCCAGGCUCAAGAAGCCAGGAGCCUUUAG